AACAUGCCACCAAUGGUCCAAAGUUUCAACCCUGAAGACCUCUUCACACGAAGAUGUGUAUGGGUAAACGGACCAGUAAUAGUUGGGGCCGGUCCUUCAGGCCUGGCAGUCGCAGCAGGUCUGAAGGACCAAGGCGUCCCUUUCAUCAUUCUUGAGAGAGCUAAUUGCAUUGCCUCUCUUUGGCAAAACCGUACCUAUGAUCGCCUCAAGUUACACCUUCCCAAGCAAUUCUGCCAGUUACCGAAUUUACCAUUCCCUGAUGACUUCCCUGAAUAUCCUACAAAAUUUCAGUUCAUUAAGUACCUUGAAUCCUACGCUAACCACUUUAACAUAACCCCACAAUUCAAUGAAACAGUUCAGUCUGCUAAGUAUGAUGAGACCUUCGGAUUGUGGAGGGUUAAGACCAUUAGGAAAAGCCACUCUGGUUCCAGUGAAGUUGAGUACAUUUGCCGGUGGCUUAUUGUUGCCACGGGUGAAAAUGCAGAGAGAGUUGUACCUGAAUUUGAAGGGUUGGAUGAAUUUGGUGGCCAUGUCAUGCAUGCUUGUGAUUACAAAUCCGGGGAGAGUUAUAAAGGACAGAAAGUGCUUGUUGUUGGGUGUGGAAAUUCCGGCAUGGAAGUUUCCCUUGAUCUUUGUAACCACAAUGCAACUCCAUCCAUGGUUGUUCGAAGCUCGGUUCAUGUGUUGCCAAGAGAAGUUUUUGGAAAGUCAACUUUUGAACUUGCAAUAAUGUUGAUGAAACGGCUACCACUAUGGAUGGUUGACAAGAUACUGCUAAUUCUGGCCCAUUUGAUCCUGGGAAACGUCGAAAAGUACGGUCUAAAGCGGCCUUCUGUAGGACCUUUAGAGCUCAAGAACACUGCCGGGAAGACUCCUGUAUUGGACAUUGGAGCACUCAAGAAAAUUAGAUCAGGUCAGAUCAAAGUUGUACCUGGAAUCAAGAGAUUCUGGCAAGGGAAAGUGGAACUCGUGGAUGGCAAGAUUCUAGAAAUUGACUCCGUCGUUCUUGCUACUGGUUAUCGCAGCAAUGUACCAUCAUGGCUUAAGGAAAAUGACAUGUUUUCAGACGAUGGUGUUCCAAAGGACCCAUUUCCAAAUGGGUGGAAAGGCAAGGCUGGUCUUUAUGCCGUUGGGUUCACAAGGAGAGGCCUUUCCGGUGCUUCUUUGGAUGCCAUUAGUGUGUCUCAUGACAUUGCCAAGAGCUGGAAGGAGGAAACUAAACAGAAGAAGAAAACAGCCGCUGCACGCCAUAGGAGAUGCAUGUCACACUUCUAA